CAUCACAAUAAUUAUCAGCAAUUAUCAUUCCAUUAUCAUCACUACUGUCCAUGAGUUUGGACCUGUAUUGACUAUUAUUGACAGUAGACAGUUGCCAUGUGACUUACUGAUAAGUAAUAAUGAAUGCAAUACAGUAUCUAAAGUCCAAGUAUUUUCAACAUUGACUGCAGUGACAUAUAAUCAUGAAGUUGUCAGUAGUUCUGUUUAUAAUUUCUCUAGGCCUAGGAGUGGCAGAUAGACCAAUUUCGGACACUAUUGCUGCUUUAAGUAAGAGAGUAGCUUCUUUUCAAGCUGUAGAAAAUAAAAAUUACACCCCUCCUAUGUCAUGGGGAACCUCAAAGGGCGCAUACAGGAGUGAUAUACGCAUCAAUUGGCAUGGUUCCCCGUUUCUUGCUUUCAGCCGUGACUACCUUGCAUGUUACGAUACAAACUCUUUCUCAACUUUAUGGAUCACGACUGCACUGAUUGAGGCAUACUCUUAUGGAAAUGCAUCUCGACCUGAUGAGGACCAAAUGAUGAAUGCUUUGAAAGCUAUCAACUUAUUUCACAACAAAAACAAUCCAGCUGGAAAUGGAGCCAUGAAUUUCUGGUCUCAGAUAUAUAACAAAUCAUCAGGCAUGUGGAUCAGUCGACCAGAAAACGUUUUUGAAGGUGUUCAAUUCAUUCAAAAAUAUACACCAUUCAAACUUCUACAAUCAAUAUUUAAAUAUUUCAAUUGGGAAGCAGGACUACAGAUAUUGGAAUUUUUUGAAAGAGCAAACGGAUAUUUUAGUGCGUUUUUGAUUCCUUCCGACUUCGACGACACUUUCCUCAACAUUGGUCUAGGAGCCUUGUUGAAAAGCACAAAAGCAUCGUUUCCCACACUCUACAAUAUCUGGGCUAAGAACAAUACGCAUUACGAAACUGCAUUUCGAGACCUUAAGAAGUACGCUUACCGACCAAUGAAUAUUGAUCUGGAUGCGAAUGCCAUUGACACGAGAACUUACUACUACCUCAGAGGGUUUCUUGAAGAAGCAAAGAAAAAUGGUCAAACUGUUUCUUUGGUCACAACGAACGUUCAAAACAUCACUGAAGAACGUUAUCUCAGUUCUAGAGGAGUUAGUAUGCCGUUUCACAUCAACAAUGUGGAUACGACUGUGGCAGCAAAUUCUAUAUAUGGCCUUACUACAGCGGUACUCUUCAACUUAUCAUCAAGCAAUUGGUUUGAUAUGGAAAUACAGACAAUUUAUGCCAAUACAACAAGUUUGAUUGAGUGGUUGAUUGAGCAUAACGUGAUAGAGGAACGUCCCGAUUUGGCUCUCACUUACUACCCGUCACGCUACAGUUUCUACUAUUACGUAGCGCGCACUUUGUUCAUCUUGGAAACACAGUAUGUGUCUGAGGGUACUUUACCAAUGGAAAUCCUCAAUCAAACUAGAACAAAAUUUAAACGGGUGUUGCAAGGCAAAGCUAGUGAAAUGAUACUAAGCGAAGCCAAUCCAGACGGUAAUGGGUUGUACUUUGAAGAAUUCCUUGGAAAUGGAGACACAGAUUUUUCAGGGGCGCCCAUGGUGAGUUGUUAUUUCUCAGAAAACAUUACAAUACAAAUCGACAUUGCAAUUUCAUUUCUUGUCAUUAAUGUGCCUUUUUAUUUUCCAACCAAUCACAUUGAGUUUCUAAACGGCACAAUACUACCUUCAAACACAUCUAAAUUUGAUCGCAACAUGUUUAUUGCUAUAUCAGGGGUAAUAGGUGAAGAGGAAUAUGAAGAUCUUCUUAAGAUAACUCAUUUUGGCAAGAUGACCCCAACAAACUUCACAGGAUACAAUGACCCAAAUGCUGUGUUUCCCUUUUGGACAUCUGAUGCAUAUACAUAUGCAAAUACGCUAUUAGCCCUUGCACAAUUCCAGAAUUUAAAUAGUUGAUAUUUCCUAUACAUGGAAGCAUUGCAUGUCAGGGGUCCAGGUUGGUUUUAGUCAUGGGGGUGGGGGUGUGAAAUGGUGGAGUGGGGGUUGGUGGUUGUGCAAAUUUAUAAUGGAUUGCUAAAUCCAUAUUUCAAUAAAAACUUAAUGGUCAUCUUUGGCAUUUAAAUCAAUUUAGUGGAACUAAUUUGCUGCCAUUA